UAUGUGAGAAAUGUAUUUCGAUUGUAUACAUCGGGAAGCUGAAAUGUCGAUGAUAAAACAUACGUUUGAUCUGAAAUCGCAAUUCUCCCUCCUUGGAAAGCUUUUACUUUGACAUGAAGGUUUCAAUAACCUGGAAGUAGUUCCGCAAGGGCAUGUGGCGUUCAUUUAUGAAACUGGUCCCAUUUUGGCUCAACAGAAGAUUGUUUUCACACUAGUCAAUUAUGAGAGCUUGAUCCAAAAUGGCAGCUGCCAGGGUGCAGUUUCGCCUUUCAACCAUUUGAUGGCUCAGCAAGCUGGUUGCUAGGGGGCGUGGAAUGUUAUUUAUUAGUUACCCACGAGCGGGCGUGAGAUGCUGUCAGAUUUGCCAGCCUCUUUGCAUGGGUGAUUUGGAUAGCAGGCAGGCACCCGUUAUCAUGGUACAUGGUAUAAUGCAACCGCGGGGUGAUCGUUCAUCCAUAGAUAAUAGGACAUACAAUUAAUUAAUUUGUAAAGAAAUUAUCGGACGAUUCAUACGCUUUUAAGGAUAUUAUUAACACCGACCAAAUGGCGACUGAAUGCACGCAAGAAGCGGUUCUGCUGUUCCUCGUGGAGAAAGGAGGCACAGUGAAGAACCUGGAGUUGGUUGACCAUUUCAAAGCCUUCCUGACGAAGGAUCCGGAUAAGAAAGCAGAGAUGAAAGACGCUUUUAAACAGUAUGUGGAUAAUAUAGCAUUUGUGAAGGUUGAUGACGGGACAAAAUAUGUGUGUUUGAAAAAGAAAUACAGGGCGUCCGUUAAGCACAAGAAAAAUGGUCACGCGCGUGCUGCUGACAAUGACAACAAUGCCAGAGGCGAGAAUAAUACGGAAUUAAAUUAUGAAAAUGACGAUGAUGUUUUUUCGGAAGAAAUAUCCAAAGGCAGUCAUUUGAAUAACACGCCUCAGAUAACGCAUGAAUGUGUCAAGGAGGCAAUUCUUCCUCCUUCGGCAUCUGUAGGGAACGAUGAUGCAAAACAAGAAAUACCACCUGUCUCAGGUUUCAGAAGUCGCACUGACAGGGAAGUGUUGAGCGCGACAGAGGCAAGGGAUAGAACUACGAACGUCGCUUCUGACGGAUCGAAUGCUUCGCCAGGAUUGCUAGAAGUUCCCGAAACCAACGGCCAACGCUCGAAAAUGGGGACUGCAACCAGUUGGUUGUCCGACAAAAAGGACGGGGCGCCCGAGGCGGACUCUCAGAAAACGGGCGAUCAGACCAUCCCAAAGAUUGCCGUGAUUGAGGCGUCGCCACUGCCUGCACCCUCCGACGGCACCGUGUUCAAACUUCCACAACCCGUGAACGUGAACCUGCCUGUUGGUCUCUCCUCCUCAUCCGGUACGGACUCCCGCCACAACGUCCAGAAAAACGGUGAAAAAUGUCCCGAGCCAAGUGGCGAACCUCAGAUGAAGCAGCACCAGCCCCACGACGGGGACCCGGGUUUCAUGGUCUCUCUCAAAGGGAUUGUGAGGAGGAGAUCCCGCGGGUCGCAGCGCAGUGUGGGCUCCAACGUAUCUGAUGUGAGCGAAGACGGACACUUCGACACCAACAGCAUGUCGGGCAGCGACUCCAACACUCCCCGGGGCAGUCGCAAGAACUUCAUAGAAGUUAUGAUGAACAGCUCUCCACAGGUGCGUCGCAGCAUGGUGUUGCGCAACUCGGUCUACCUGUCGGCGGCGGCGCGGAGCAAGCAGGACUCACGCAGCGACAGCGAGACGGGCUCCAUCAUCUCGUCCAACACGGACGAGGACGGCGGCCCGGCGCCCGCCUCCCUGGACCCCAUGGAGCACGAGUGGGUGCUGUGCUGCUCUGACGGCCAAUGGGAGAGCCUCCACCGCCUGCUGGCCUGCGAGCCCGCGCUCAUCCUCAAGAGGGACUUCGUCACCGGCUUCACCUGCCUGCACUGGGCCGCCAAGCUGGGCAAACAGGAGCUGUUGGCGCUGCUGGUGAAUUUCUCCAAGCAACACGGGGUGCCUGUCAACAUCAACGUCCGCUCCAGCGCUGGGUACACGCCCCUUCACCUGGCCGCCAUGCACCAUCACCUGGAGGUGGUGAAGCUGCUGGUGGGUGCGUAUGACGCGGACGUGGACGUGCGUGACUAUAGCGGCCGCAAGGCGUGCCAGUACCUCCCGCGCAGCGUGGCCCGGGACCUCUUCGACAUCGCCGGGGGGCAACAGGGCCAACACUACCACCACCAGGGGCCCGGGGCCGCCGAGCAAGGAGGGUCGGGACACGCAGAGGGAGACUCGGACGUGGAGAACCUCCCGGGAGAGGAGGCGGGUGGUGGUGGAGGUGGAGGAGGAGGUGGCGGCGGCCGGUGGAGACUCUCGCGGGUGCUCCAGUCGAACCUCAGGCCGCUGAAGCUGCUGAACCAGAGUAGCCCGGUGGAGGAGGACGCGACGGGGGGGGACGCCGGGGGGGCUAGCGGCCGGCUCAAGCCACUCAGGAGAAAGUCGUCGCUCAGUAAGAUGAAGCCGAAGCUGAGUAAGAUCCGCCUGAGGAGCAGCCAGAUCGUCCACAGCCACAGCACGGCCUCCUUCAGCCCCAGCCAGGCGGCCGCCGCCUAUAACAGCGGCAGUAGCAGCAUCCCGCACCACAGCAUCUCCUUCAACGAGGGGGACCUGCAGGAGAUACGUCUCAGGAGCCCGCCGCGCGCCAGGCCCAUGUCCAACCUGUUUGGUUGACCAAUGGACGCUACCUAGAGCCCAUCCAUGUCCAACCUGUUUGGGUGACCCGUGGCAGUGGCGGUUCUACCAAUUUGGGGGCCCUAAGGCAUACUGGAGCUGGCUUUUGGGGGGCUCUUUUUAGGGGGCGGAUUUGGUGGGGCCCCUGGGCAACUGCUUAGUCUGCCUACCAGUACCCGUGGACCUCCCCAGAAACCGUAUCCAGCUUGUUUGGUAGAUCCAUGGUCCCUACUACAACCCAUGAACAGCCUGUUUUGGUUGACCCAUGGACUCUCCCCAGGCGCCACCCAUGUCCAGCCUGAUUGGUUGACCCGUGGACCUUCCUACAACCCUCUUUGAGUGAGAGGAACCCUCCUCUUUACCACUGUGCGUGGGUCGACUCGAGAUCCAUGUCCAGCCUGUUUGGGUGAAUCAUGGACUUCCCUCUACCUGCAGACACAGACACAUGUCCCUUGUGUUUGGAUAGAUGACGACUCAACUCCAACUAAAAACCCAGCAACAUCCUCUCCUCUCCCCAUCAGACUCCUCUCCAGGCCCAUGUACAGCUUGUUGGGGAGUUGGGGACACUUCAACUCCCAAAACACCCUGCUCCUAAGUACCCUGUUUGGGUUGAGCUAUGGAGGAUCCCCCCUCUCUCUUCUCCCACUCUCCAGUGUCAGAGUUCAGGAUGUAUAGAUGAGGGCACACCCCAGAGGUGCGUGGUGUGCAACCUGUAUGGGUGCGAAAGCCAUGAAAAUAAUAAGAGAAGUGGUAGAGUAAAACUUUGCCAAACCAAAUUCCCUCUCACUGUGCUGUGUUAUUCAGAUUCAUGCUGUGGUGUAAUACGACAUUAGGCGAUGUGUGGUUAUACUGUGUACAGUAUUAUGCACUAUACUGGGGUGCAUUUCUCGAAACUAUAGUUGCUAAGUUCAUUAGCUACUUUGACGUUUUCGAUGCAAUUUCCCAUUGGCAACUACCCAAGUUGCUAACUAGCUAAUAUUUACGCUUUUCGAGAAAUGCACCCCUGUACAGUGCUACUAGGGCUCCUCAGCUCUUCACUGUGACGUGUUUCCCAUCACUGCUUCAGGUGAAAAGUGUUCAUGGCCAAUGGCGACAUUGCCAACAUGACUAAAGUACUACAAAAUGUACCAUGCCCCCGCGUUAACUGUGAAGCUAAAGGGCUUUUGCUAACGCAAGACCAAAAAAAAUAAGUUUGUUGUUGUGCUGCUGCUCGACUGAUACAGCUACAGCAGAAUGGUUCUCAAUAGUUCUCCUCAGUGGUAUUUUGAGUUGAAAACGUCUUCUUCCUCAGGACUAAGCUAUACCUGCUGGUCUUAGCAUGCCGUGCAUAACAACAUCAGGUGUGGUCUGGUGUGUGUGUGGUGCGUGUUUUGGCAAGUGUGUGUGUUUAUGCCAGGGUGUGUGUUCUGACUAAUGUACACACAGUGUGUGUGAGUGAGUGAUAUUGUGACAUUAUCAGGCCGGAGACUUGGCAAGGAAGAGGUGAUGCUAUUGUGUGUGUGUGUGUGUGUGUGUGUGUGUGUGUGUGUGUGUGUGUGUGUGUGUGUAAUCUUGGCAGUGAGUUGGCCUCUAUCACGUCAAUGGUCUUGGAGCAUAAUCUGGAUCAGUGGCUUGGGAUUUGCAAAGCAGUGUGUCUUGACUAGUGUGUGUGCGUAUGUGUGUGUGUGCAUGUCUAUGUGUGUGUGUGUGUGUGUGUGUGUUAGCAAGGGAUUUGCAUGGUUGCCAGGUCGCAUGUGACGAUAAGUCACACUGGUUGCCGGCGGUAAUGAUUCUCUUCAUUUAAAGGUGCACUUUGUAAUAUUUUUUAGCAGAUUAGUUCCAGAAUUCAUGCUUCUCACAUUCACAAUUGUUACCUUUUGUAUGAAUACUGUACUUGCCACCACCAUCAUUCUAAGAAUUCGUUAUGACUGGGAGAAUGGCACUUUUCAUACAUGAAAAAGGUGGAUCUUCUCCAUGUAUGCCAUUUUGGAAUUUCCAGAAUGUUUACAGACAUUUUUAAGCUUCUAAACAUACCGUACUCUACUUUGGUCAUAUUAGUAUAUUAGUCUAUUAUUCAGAAAAUAUUACUUUAAUGAAAACAUUAAAUGUGGCAAAGUUUAGAACCACUGAUCUACACUACACGGUGUGAUCGUGAACUGAGUGAUUUACAUACAGUAGGCUACACUACUACAAUGUUGAGCUGAAUGACGUACGUAUAUACUGUAAGCCACACCAGUGAUUAUCCGAAUAACAAUGUAGGCUACUUGACUACAUAGUGUGACAGUGAGCCAGUGAAUAGCCCAACUUUGACCACAUGUGCAACACUAACAUCAUUAGAGACGGAUGUGGCUCGCUGCUUGACAAGAAUGACAGAGCUUUUAGCCAUUAUUUUGGACCGCUAAAUGCAUUGAUUUGAUUGUAUUGAUGGACGUAUUGAUCACAGAGUGCAGUGUUGAAACUCAACACCACACACUGCUCACUGACCAUAGCUGCUGAUGCUUUAACGCAUAGUGAGAUAGAGGAGACAGUGACAGUGUGGGAUUCAAUACCAAGCUGUUUGAAGUGAGGCUGCUUUAAGUGAAGCUGCUGUACGUAUGAAGCUUGCUUUACUCUAACCUGUGUUUAUUCACUUCGGACCAGCACUUAGGCUACUGUGGCUGCCUGUUCUUUCUCUCUUUCUUCCCUCCUUUCUUUCUUUCUUUCGUUCUUUUUUUUUACAACCACUCCCAUAAUAUGGGUGCAAUUUUUCUCCACAUUCCCGCCCCUGCUUAAGGGCUGUGUUUCUCACUCCUCAGUUAUGAUCAAGACAGGUAUCUACAGGCUAUUUGGCAAGCACUCUCUCUCUCUCUCUCUCUCUGGGUAUGUCAGCAGCAAGCCGAAGCUUGCUGUGCUAGACAGGAAGGAAUCCUCAGGAGAGGAGAGAGAAGGCUUCUGAUUGGCUGAGGUGAGAAGGGCAGGGCAGUAGCAUCAUGGUUUUGAUUUUACGUUCGAUCUGGUAUGCCUCCCCAAAGACACCCCCUGCCUGCUCUCUUACACAGCCAUACAGGGCAGGGCAGCUCUAACACAUAGCUGUGUGUGCUUAUUUCGAUCUUACCGGCCCCCAGAGACACCCCGCCAGCCUCCUCAGCACCUGCACAGACAGACCCCAUCACUGGAGCCAGGGAAGCUUGAUUAUUCACAUUUGCAAGUAGGGCUGGGUAAAAUAAUCGAUAUAAUCGAUAAUCGAUCAAUAUCAUUAAAACAUUUCAUAAUCGAUUCACAGGGCACAAAAUCGAUUUUUUUUUUUUGUUCUUUUUCUUUUUGUUCUUUUUGUUUAAUUCAGGUCUAUGGAAAAUACCCAGUAGGUAUUAUUCAAUUAGGCCUAGGCCUACUUAUUACAAAUUAGCAAUCCGUUGACACUGUCAAGCCACAGCCCUUUGACAUUUUUAUAUAAACAUAGGCAACAGCAUCUUUUGGGAGAAAUCCUUGCACCAACAAGGGAACGGAUUGAAUCAAUUCGAAAUGAAUCGAAUCGAAUCAAAUUUAAUCGUGAUUAAUCGAUUCAAAGCCCUAAGAAUCGAAAUUGAUACAGGAACAUGGCUGCGAUACCCAGCCCUAUUUGCAAGCCUGUCUUUUUGUGGUGAAAAUGAGACUUCUCAGCUACAGUGUAUGUGUAGCUUUGUAAUAAUGUUACACAAAUAUAGUCUACUGUUAGCUUGUCUGAGCUAGCUGAGCCCUGUCUCGGGCCACGAGUGGUCCCUAGACGAAUCACACUUUGAGAAACACUGCCCUAGAUCUUCGUGGUACAGACCAUUCGUUCCCACCUGUCUGUUACUAGUGUCUAGGUUUUUCACGUUAAAAAAAUAAUUAUGAUGGAUGUGAGCGCCCACCCGACAACUGUGAUAGGAAGCAUUUCCCCCCAACGCUACCAUCAGCUUGCCAGAGCAAUGGUGUUUUUUUGUUUUUUUUCAGAUCUGACAGGUCCCCAGUGACGGGACGGCCCUGAAUACAUCCACAGCCCGCUAUGCAGUGAGUGUAGCCAGCCAUCCAGACUGACAACAUCCCCCCCCAUUACCAGCGAGCCCCCAUACCCACUUCAUACCCAUUCCAUUAUGACAGCACCCCCUGGCCCAGACA